AUGGAAGUUUUGCCUGGAAAACAGAAGGAUACAGUUAUCUAUAUAUAUGAUGGUUAUGUGUAUUACGCUGACAGUCGAUAUGACAAUAUCUUUCGAUGCAAUACACGUCGAACGACCAGAUGUCGUGGUUCAGCCAUGCUUCAGGAUAAUAAUGUUCAAGUUUUACAAGAACAUAAUCAUCAAAAAACACCAUUUAUCAAACUACAAAUUGAAAUGAAAGACGAAAUGCUAAGGCUUUCUCGUGAAACUUGUAUUGGAUUUAAAGAAAUCUUUGAUUCAGUUUGUAGACGCAACCCAAAUGUAGCACAAUAUUUGAGCUUUCCCUCUAUAAGGUGUGGCAUGCAUCGUGAACGUGUAAAAAGCCGACCACCCGUACAUUAA